AUGACUUUACUGCCUCCUGCUCUCGUUCAGUCCAGCCUGGGCGAGAAGUGUGCAGUCUACCUUGACCAAGUCACCGACAACCUCCCUCUGCACCUGCAGUCCCUCCGCCUCCGUCUGGACCCCAUUCUCACCUACCUGUCCUCCACACCCCUCGGACCUCUCGCGCAGAAGCUCCCUCUCGCUGCCGACGAUCAACCUCUCGCGCUCCUUGCUGCUGUAAUUAUCUGCCUGUUCACCGUCGCCGUCAUGAGCUGGCGCAACCCCUUGAACUUUUUGCGCCGCUCGCCGAGCUACGCACCCGCCUCCAACCCCCAGGUUAACGACGAGCACUUCAGCUACAUCACACCGGGGGACAUUGUUGAUCCUCCAGCGGACGAUGCGGAACCAGAUAUCAUCGCACUCCGCCACCGCGGCACCAUCUACCCAUUGCACUUCCGCGCAUACUCAAUUGACGAUGGCAUCUUGACCGUCGGCGACGUGCGCGAGGAAGCCGCCAAGAAAACAGACGCCGGCUUCUCUGAUCGUGUCCGUUUGCUGUAUAAGGGCAAGCUAUUGAAAGAUGACCAGCGGACAUGCAAAGCCGAAGGGCUGAAGCAGCACUCAGAGGUGUUGUGUGUUGUGUCGGAAGUCGGCGCCAGCGAGCUCUCCGACGACAGCGGACCGAGUGUCACAACAGCGGUACCGGCGGCUCCAGCACCUACACAGUCUCGUCCCACCAGUGCCGAGGCAUCCUCCCCUCCCACACCCACAGGCAAGAGCAAAAAGGGACGGAAGAACAAACGUAAUAAGAAGACAACCGCCCCGGAGCCUGUCCCUACAGUUGAUCUCUCGAGCAAUCCCGCCCCUGUUCCCGACCUGAAGCAGCUCCGCACGCCGCUGGAGAAGAUCAGUGCGCUGGCGGGAUGGCUUAAGCAAGAGAUGAUCCCGCGUUGUGAUCAAUACGUCGCGGACCCACCAAGCGACCCGAAGAAGCGGGAUUACGAUUAUAAAUGUUUGAGUGAAACCAUCCUCCGAGAUGUCAUACUGAAGACAGAUGGAAUCGAAUCAGACGGGGAUGAGACCCGCUUUGCGCGCCGUGCCCUGAUCAAGGAAGCACAGGCAGCUCUCAGCAAGCUGGAUUCCCUUAAUCUGUAA